AUGUCGACGGUCGGGACGCUCAGUGAGUAUGUGGAGGCUGACGGGGAUUGGGUGGAAUAUGUCGAGAGACUGCAGCACUUUUUCGUGGCAAAUGACAUAAAUGACCAGUCAAAACAACGGUCAGUUCUUCUUAGUGUAUGCGGCGCCAAGACCUACAAACUGAUCCGUAACCUGGCGUCACCACGGAAACCGGGAGAGUUAAGCUUCCAGGACAUAGUUAAGCUAGUGCAAGACCACCAUAACCCCAAGCCAUCAGUGAUUGUUCAACGUUUUAAAUUCCACACGCAUUCACGCAAGCAGGGAGUGUCAGUGCCUGCAUUUGUGGCAGAACUCAGAGCUUUAUCAGAGCACUGUGAGUUUGGAGAUGUCCUGAAUGACAUGUUACGCGACAGAUUGGUCUGUGGAAUUAAUGAUGACAGUAUUCAACGUCGGUUGUUGAGUGAAGCCAAGCUCACUUACAAAAAAGCGCUGGAGAUCGCCCAGGCAAUGGAAACCGCAACAAAUAACACUAAAGAUAUUCAACAGGCAAGAGGUGGAGCUCCACAAUCUGACACUGUGCAUCACGUAACCAAAGAAAAGAAGGGUAAGCAGCAAAAGUCCGUGGAGUGCUACCGUUGUGGGGGCCCACACCUUGCAAGUGACUGUGGUUUCAAAGACUCUGUGUGUCACAACUGUCAGAAGAGGGGUCACGUUGCCAAAGUGUGCAGGGGCAAAAACAAAAAAAAGACGGAUUGGGGUGGAAAGCAAAACAUGUCUACACAUCACCUGCAAGAAGAGGAGGAGCCUCAAGAAGAGGAAGAGUCUUCUUAUAACAUGUUCAAUCUUCAUGCAAUCAGCCAGCCCAGGGCAGAGCCCAUCUACGCUACAGUGAAGGUGAAUGGUGCUGAUCUGAAAAUGGAAGUGGACACUGGGGCUUCAGUGUCUGUGCUGAGUAAAAACACAUAUCACCAACUUUGGCAAGCAACAAAAGCACCUGUUUUAAAAAAGUCGGACAUAAAACUGAGAACAUACACGGGUGAGUGCAUUUCAAUCAUUGGAGCAAUUGAGGUUGACAUUGAUUAUGAAGGACAGAAAGCGGCAGUGAAGCUGUUAGUGGUCAAGGGGGAGGGGCCUAGUCUGCUGGAUCGUGAUAUCCUGCAGAAAAUCCGCUUACAGUGGGGACACAUCUGGGGAGAAGUGAAGCACAUGACAGCAGUGCAAGACAUAAUUGCCAAGUACUCAGAUGUUUUCAAGGAUGAGCUGGGCACCCUUCGUGGCACCACAGUGAAAUUGUCCGUGGACCCCAAGGCUCAGCCUCGGUUUUACAAACCACGUCCAGUGCCAUACGCCAUGAGGGUUAAAGUAGAGGCGGAGUUAGAGCGGCUGCAGCAAGCGGGGGUGAUCGAGCCAGUGGAAUUCUCCAACUGGGCCGCGCCCAUAGUACUGGUGAUGAAGGAAGAUGGUGGAGUGCGAAUCUGUGGGGAUUACAAACUGACAAUUAACCAGGCCUCCCAACUCGACACGUACCCUCUACCUAAAGUGGAGGAUUUGUUUGCAAUGUUAGCGGGCGGCCAAACUUUCACCAAGCUGGAUAUGAGUCAUGCGUACCAACAGCUUCUGCUAGAUGAGGAGUCAAAGCAAUAUGUGACUAUUAACACGCAUAAAGGGCUGUUCAAGUACAACCGCCUGGCAUUUGGUGUUGCAUCCAGCCCAGGUAUUUUCCAACGCACGAUGGACAACCUGUUUCAGAACCUACCGCAUGUAGCAGUGUACCUGGAUGACAUUUUGGUCACAGGAAGUACGGAGGAGGAACAUGUGCGGAACCUUGACCAGGUGCUGAGGAGACUGUCUGAGGCGGGACUGCGCCUCAAGCGUAGUAAGUGCGUUUUCCAAGCUCAGAGUGUCACAUACCUGGGCCACCGGAUUUCAGCUCAAGGUCUGUCCCCAGUGGAAGAGAAGGUGCGGGCGAUAAAGGAGGCCCCGAGCCCGAAGAAUGUAGCAGAGCUCAGGUCCUUCCUGGGGUUAGUGAACUAUUAUGGUAAAUUCUUACCUGAUCUCUCCACGGUGCUGGCCCCGCUCUACAAGCUGCUGCACAAAGACAGUUGGUGGAAAUGGCAGCAGGCCCAAGAAGAGGAGUUCCAGCAGGUAAAGAGACUGUUGCAUUCAGACCGACUGCUGGUGCACUUUGACCCUGCUAAGGAGGUCGUCCUGUCUUGCGACGCGUCCCCUUACGGCGUGGGGGCGGUCCUUUCACACCGUCUGGAGGAUAGAACUGAAAAGCCCAUUAGCUAUGUAUCACGCACACUGACCACAGCAGAACAAGGGUACUCACAACUGGAGAAAGAGGGACUGGCAGUAGUAUUCGCUGUGAGACGGUCUCACCAAUACCUGUAUGGUCGGCAGUUUGCAAUUUUCACCGACCACAAGCCCUUGAUGGGGCUGUUCAGUGAGUUAAAAGCCAUUCCUCCCAUGGCAUCUGCAAGAAUCCAGCGGUGGGCACUGACCCUGUCAGCAUACCAAUAUCACAUAGUGUAUAGGGCAGGUAGGGAAAAUGGAAAUGCUGAUGCUUUCAGCCGCUUACCACUCCCCGACACACCGGGCCACACGGUUUUCCCACCAGAGACAGUUUUUCUGAUGGACAGACUGGCAAACACCCCAGUGACUGCAAAGCAGAUCAAAACGUGGACAGAGAGGGAUCCGGUGUUAUCACAAGUAAAGAGGUGGGUGAUGCAGGGCUGGCCAGUGGCAGUCGGAGAGGAGAGAUUCAAGCCGUAUGCCAAGCGCAAGUUAGAACUGAGUGUUCUGGAUGGUUGUAUCCUUUGGGGCUCCAGAGUGAUCGUCCCCCUUCCAGGGCAGGCACAGGUGAUGGAUGCCCUGCACGAUGCCCACCCGGGUGUUUCUCGAAUGAAAAACCUGGCCAGGUCAUUUGUGUGGUGGCCUGGGAUGGACAGUGCUUUAGAAGAGAGGGUCAAGAAAUGUUCACAAUGCCAAAGCAACCAGAAGUUGCCGGCGGUGGCCCCACUGCACCCGUGGCAGUGGCCAGGCCGGGCUUGGUCCAGGCUCCACCUGGAUUUUGCAGGUCCGUUUAUGGGCCAGACCUUCCUAGUGCUGGUGGAUGCGCAUUCAAAAUGGCUUGAUGCACACAUCAUGUCAAAGAUGACAGCAGCCAUCACCGCUGACAAGCUCAGAAGCAUCUUUGCCAUACACGGCUUACCAGACACCGUGGUGACAGACAAUGGUCCCACUUUCACUAGUGAAGUUUUCAAGGAGUUUAUGGAGAAAAAUGGGAUCAGACAUGUCUGCUCUGCUCCCUAUCACCCCGCUUCAAAUGGACUAGCUGAGCGAGCUGUGGAAACACUGAAAGAUGGAUUGAGGAAAAUGACAGGAAAUUCUCUAGAAACCAAGCUCUCUCGUUUACUUUUCCAGUACCGGAUCACUCCACACACCACGACAGGAGUAUCUCCCGCAGAGAUGCUUUUGGGGAGGAGGCCAAAGUCACACCUUGAUCUCCUUCAUCCUGACAUAGCAGAGAGAGUGAUCCGGGGGCAGGACACACAAAGGAUAAGGUGGGAUCAGCACGCAAAAGACAGGCUCUUUCGGCCAGGUGACCAUGUGUAUGUUAAGAACUUUGCUACGGGUCUGCCCUGGCUGCCAGGAGUUAUUCAACACCAGACAGGACCGGUGUCCUUUGUUGUGGAUUUGUUGGACGGCAGGCAGGUGCGUAGGCACCAGGAUCACCUACGUGAUCGCUAUGAUGAAGGAGGGGAGGGGCGUCAACUAGGAGAACCCAGGAAUAGGGCAUUCAGCCCCGCAGGCUCAGCUGAGGUGCCCCAGGCACCAGAAGAAGAUCAAGGCACAUCUGAAGAACCAGCAGCUCCGGACACUCCGCUGGCCAAAUCAGCAGGCCCGGGCACGGCGGUGGCCCAAUCAGCAGGCCCGGGCACGCAGGUGGCCCCCAGGCCAACCCAGCUUGAGGGAGCACCAGAACCGAGGAGAUCAACAAGGCCACAUAGGCCUCCCGAAAGACUGAACUGGUAA